AUGAUCUCUUCGCAAGACAUCAUUGCCUGGCUGGUGCCGGCACCCAACUGUCCAGCCGCAGAAAAGACCGUCAGCAUGCCCGAGAAUACCUCUCGUCGAGUCCCCUGCGCCGGAACAGACUUCCUCUCUUCUCGUAUCAAAACCAGUCUCCUCGCCGAUGGCCCUCCACAGCACGCCCUCGCCCUCACCUUCACCGGGCAGCUGCCACGGCGACACGGCCGCUUCGUCAUCGGCACCGAUGCGCGCCACUGCGACAUUGUUCUUCCGAGACUGGAAGGCAUCUCCUCACAGCACUGCUCCAUCGGCUUCGACGACCUGUCUCGUCUCACGCUGGACGAUUUUUCCGAGACGGGAACCCAGGUCUGGUACGACUGGGACUGCGCGGGCGACCAGCGCGACUACACGUGGAUCCUCACAAGCGGCUACACCGACGGCUUCCCCAGCAAUGUGCGGUGCAUCACUGUCGAUAUCCAGGGCGUUCGCUUUCAAAUCAUUGCCAAUGACCACUCAUCCGAGAAAGAGGCGUUCGCCGAAAAGGUUGAUGCGCUUUGCGCUCAGUCGGAUCCCGAUGCUGCACAACUCGACGCUCUUUGGAGCGAGUCGCCGUGCACAUCGCCGUUCAACAUUUUUGUAUUUUCCGCUCUUCCUGUCUUGCGACAUAUUGUCGUCAAGGGUUUAGGAGAGAACCCCCGCGACGAGGUGUAUCUCUGGGAUAUGGGCCGUCCAUGGGAGCCCAUGAUCAGGGCGUCUGCGUAG